ACUUACCCCGCCAACCGAAAGCAUCUCCCCGCAUUACAACACCACAGUACUCAGUAUAGCAUAUCAAUUCAACAAAACAUCCAACCACCAGAUUUCUGGGCCUACAACCAAAAGAAGAAAAAACACCCCUUUAAACACAUCCGUCCCAAAGCCUCCCCAGCCACAUCAGCCUCCCUAACACUACGCCCCGCGGCCCGACCACCCUACCAACCAAUCCCACAAUGGCAUCUCAAGACAUACCCAUUCUAGACACACACAUCCACCUCUGGCCGUCAACCGCAACAUCAGCCUCAAACCAUGGCUGGAUGACCCCUGGCCACCACCUCUCCAAACGGCACGGCAUAUCAGACUACUUGUCCAUUACAUCCCCACAACCCGCGGGAUUUAUAUACGUAGAAACUGAUCGGUAUCUUCCCUCCGCGCAGCCAAGUAUCAAAGAGUCUGAUAGUGAUGAGGGAGUGAAGAAUAAGUUGAGGGAGUGGGCGAAAGAGCCACUAGAGGAGGUCAAGUUUCUGAGGAGGAUAGUCGAGGGGACGCCGGAUGAAGGUGAUGGGUUUACAGUUGAUGAAGCGGGGAAGAUGAAGGGGGUUGUUGUGUAUGCGCCUUUCCAUCUCUCACCGCGUGUGUUUAGUUUGUAUUUAGAUCUUGUUGAAGAGGUGGCUGGUCCUGAGCUCUGGCAGAGGAUUAAGGGUUGGAGGUAUCUGUUACAAGGAAAGGGGGAGGGGGCUGUUGCUAAAAUGUUAAGGGAUGGAGAAGAGAACUGGGUGCGAAAUCUUUUCCGGUUGAAGGAUCUUAGGGACGGGUGCCAGGCGUGGUGUUUUGAUGUGGGCGUUGAUAAUCAUAGGGAUGGGACGGAGCCUAUGGAGGCGGUGGGAAGGUUGAUCAAGACUGUUAGGGAGAGGGAGGAGAAGGAGGGAGGAGGAGAUGGAGAUGGGAGGAGGGUCAAGUUUGUGUUGAACCACCUGGCCAAACCCCCCCUCUCCCCUACCUCACCCAUCCCCUCUCCCAUCUGGCUCUCAACCAUGUCCACCCUCUCAUCCGACACCAACGUCUACAUGAAGUUCUCAGGCGCCUUCAACGAAUUUACCGUCUCACCCACUCCCUCCGACAUUCCCAGUAUCCUGACCGCCUUAUCUCCUUUCCUAGACCAUCUUUUCAAGUGUUUCCCAGGCAGAGUCAUGUUCGGAAGUGACUGGCCGGUUUGUAAUGUGGGUGGGCCUACGGGAGAGGAGGGGAGCUGGAAACUGUGGAGGAGCGUUGUGGAAGCGUGGAUGGAGGGGAAGGGUAUGGGAGAAAGGGAGAAGGAGAGGGUUUGGAGGGGGGCGGGGGAGGAGGCUUAUGGGGUGGUGUUGUAAAUGGAGGACCUGACGUGAUGAUGUAUGUGAGGGGGGUGUCUUGUUCGUGUUUUUCAUUUGACGGGCAUUCGAGAUGGAUUUAUACUUGAUAUUGAAUUAUAUGGCUUGAUGUGUGACGAUUGAGGGUAGGUUGCUUCAUAGAUGGUUCAAGAUGGGGACUCAUCUUGUCUGUGUCGAUCUAGAGAUGCUGCAUGACAAGAUUGUGAUAAGCAGUAAAACCCCAUCCCGUCCACCCACCUACGCAAACCCCCCUGCCCCC